AUGAUUUGCUCAAUCAACAUCUUGCUUUCCGAUUCUGGCAAGCACAACGUGCUUUAUGAUCCGUCAUCUCAUGAUGUUACCCUCAUUGACUUCGAGGCUAUCCACCCCUGCGGUGAGGAUGUGCCCUCUUAUUUCGAGGAUAGAGCAAUCUUCCUGGACAUGACAAGGACAACGCACUACGACAGUGGUUAG